UGCGCCGUCGCAUCGUUUCUGCCACAUAACCAUUAUGGCUUCCGAACAUCGCUAAAUGUUUUUGAAAUGCUGUGAACUUUUCCCCCUUAUACUAAGAUCCCUCGAUGCCGUACUGGUAGAAGAAAAACGGAAUUAUGGUGAGAUAGAAGAGCGCUCUUUUUGUCGGGAAAUGUUUUACACUGCCCAAGUUGGAGACACAAUUUUUAUUGUGUUGAAAAGGUAUCAGAAUCUUCAACCCAUCGGAUCGGGUGCACAAGGAAUGGUGUGUGCUGCCAUAGAUACGGUCACUGGGGAAAAGGUUGCUAUCAAGAAACUCAGCCGACCAUUUCAGAAUGUCACACAUGCCAAGAGAGCCUUUAGAGAACUUGUGCUCAUGAGAAUGGUCAACCACAAAAAUAUCAUUGGCUUGCUAAAUGUCUUUACCCCAGACCGGACGCUAGAACAGUUCAACGACCUAUAUCUCGUGAUGGAGUUGAUGGAUGCAAGCUUGUGCCAGGUAAUCCACAUGGAUCUAGACCAUGAGCGACUCUCAUAUCUUCUCUACCAGAUGCUUUGUGGGGUUAAGCACCUCCAUGAUGCCGAUAUCAUCCACAGGGAUCUAAAGCCAAGUAAUAUAGUGGUCAAGUCAGAUUGCUCUCUUAAGAUCCUGGACUUUGGUUUAGCAAGAACUGCUGGCUCUGCUUUUAUGAUGACCCCAUAUGUGGUGACGCGGUAUUACAGAGCGCCAGAAGUCAUACUCGGCAUGGGGUACUGUGACAAUGUUGACGUCUGGUCUAUAGGGUGCAUACUGGCAGAGAUGAUCAGAGGACAUGUUAUGUUCCCUGGAACAGAUCACAUUGAUCAAUGGAACAAGGUGACAGAACAGCUUGGCACGCCAUCAGAAUCCUUCCUCAACCAGCUUCAGCCCUCAGUACGGAUGUACUGCACCAGAAGACCCAAGCAGCCUGGCUUUUCAUUUGAGGCCUUGUUCCCAGAUGAUUUAUUUCCACCAGAGAACAAAUUAAAAGCAUCGCAGUGCCGAGACUUGCUGUCCAAGAUGUUAGUAAUUGACCCUGCUAAGAGGAUAUCGGUGAUGGAAGCCCUUCACCACCCUUAUGUCCACGUGUGGUACGACGCUAAUGAGGUAGAAUGUCCGGUAUCUAAGAAAUACGAUCAUUCCAUUGACGAGCAAGAGCACUCUGUCGAGGAAUGGAAAAAUCUAAUAUACCACGAAGUGCUGUCUUACAAUAGCUGUAAAGACGGGCCAUCUGUUAUCGAGGGUAACGGGGAUAUCAACCAAUCAGCAUCAAGCUCUAGUAUAUCGUCAUCAGCAGGAAUGAUGGAAACUCAUAAAUCCAAACAAGCUAAACGUAAAAAGAAAGAGAGUGCAUCCGCUGCAAACAUUGGCUCAAGGAUCCGACAGAUGAUAAAGGGAGAAGAAUAUUAACAAAACUGUAUUCAGCCAUUCAGCGUCCGAGGCUUGAUGUUAGCAAGACCACAACCAGACAAACCUCUUAGCACAGUCACUCAGCGUCCUAACAUCGACAAGGCCAGAAUCAAGACCUCAUAACACAGCCAUUCAGAGUCUGAGGCCUAAUAUUGGCACCUUCGUCGGAUUGCUACAGAGUUAUAGCACCGCGACUGUGUGGCUGUUGAAAUUUUAACGUUGCCAAAUUUACGCUGGAUCUCCCUGCUUUGUCUAAUAUUAUAAGCAUCUUUGUGGGUCAUUCCCUUUAUAAUACACAGCAUCCCAUCAAUAACUCUAGCUACCUAUAAUAGCUAUCUAUUGAUUUUCAUCUGGUGUCGUGGUUUGUUGGUAAAUUUUAUGGUAGUUGUAUGAAUGCUUCAGAAUUCUAGCGCAUUGAACACAAAAGCUUGAGAUCUUUUUGCUUUACAAUACCCAUCGCAUGAAAAUUAUUACUUUUUAAAUAGGGGUAAAACCGACCCGAUAAAUCAAUGGUUUGUAUCCGUAGAAUAGCCGCAGGGGUAGAGAGUGGGGACGCGAUGUUUCGGACAGGUUAGAAGAUUAUGAUGAUAAUUUAAUUGAGGCAUUUGAAGCUAGGGUAGCGGUGUUAGUAGUGACUUAUUUACGUGGUCUGUUAAACGGUGGUACCUCUUUUAAGCUUUCAACCCCGAUUCAGAAACCACUUAACAGAGUACCAAAUUUUUUGCUUCUUUCUGAAUAGAGAUGACACCUCUGUAAAGCAGCCAGAGGAUCGGUCCCUAAGAUGGCCGCUUAAUAGAGGUGCCACUGUAUCUAAAUACCUUUACCAAAUGACCAACCUCCAUAUUGCGACCACUUGUCCGAGUCCCUAGGGUGGCCGCUUAAAAGAGGUACCACUGUAUUUAAAUACUUUUAUCAAAGGACCAACCUCCAUAUACCGGCCACUUAGCUUGGUCCCUAGGGUGACCGAUUAAUAGAGGUAUCACUGUCUCUGGAUACAUUAAUCAAAGGAUAAACCUCAAUAUAGCGGCCACUUGGUUCUGUCCUAGGGUGACCGAUUAAUAGAGGUAUCACUGUCUCUAGAUGCAUUAAUCAAAGGAUAAACCUCAAUGUAGCGGCCACUUGGUUCUGUCCUAGGGUGGCCAAAGGUGCUACUGUAUGGCACCUGCCUUUUGUCUAUUAUUCACUCUUGAUUUCAACUUCUUAUACUCUGUUUAUAAAACAUCUGGCAAACAAACUUAUCUACUGUAUAUGCGCACAAAUUCUUCUCUAAAUUUUUAAUUAUUAGUAGUAAUUCGCGGACACCCUCGUGAAUCAAACACAAAUCGGAAUUGUUUUAUUGUUUAGAAGAAAGUUAAAUAUCCAUUUACGAGGGUGCCCGCACAAAUGCUUAAAGCUGUAAUUUAUUUUCAUAUACUACAAAUAAAACAGUUUCAAUUUUA